AUGGCACCCAACUUGGUGACCCUUGUCGGCUUUGCUUGGCCUCUCGUUAAUUUCCUCCUCUUUAUCAUCUACGCGCCGACGCUGACAGAGAUUUCGAGCUCUCCUCUUGGUGAGCUGUUUGAUCAUGGUUGCGAUGCCAUCAAUGCCUCGGUCACUACCCUGGUCGUCACUGCUCUUCUUCGUCUUGGCCCGACUGAUCCGUCCGCCCUCUUUAUGCUCACCAUCUCGUGCAUUAUGUUCUUUACCGCCACUCUCGAAGAAUACCACACCCACACCCUCGCUCUCGGCGUCAUCAACGGGCCAACCGAGGGCAUCCUUAUUAUGAUCGCUCUGGCCUUCUCCGCCGCCGCCUUCUCCACCGACAUCUGGCUCAUGCCCGCCAACGAGGUCUUUGGCACUUCGUUUGCUAUCCUCGACGGCGUGCUUCUCAACCAGUUGGUUGUCUUUGCCGAGCUGCCCAUUGCUCUCUCCACCGUCUUCACCAACCUCUCAGCCUGCGUCCGCAAGCCCAAGCACGGCACUGUCUCGGCCGCCACCCUCGCCGCCAACCUCUUCCCCUGCCUCUACCUCUUUGCCCUGGCAUGGGCGUGGUUCUUUUUCUCACCAGGCCGCAUUCUCGCUUCUGCACCCUGGAUCACCCUCACCUCCAUCGGCCUGCUCUCGGCCUACCUCGUCGGCCGCCUCAUCACCGCUCAUCUCCUCCUCAUGGACUUCCCGGUCGUCCACACUGCCCUCGCUCUCCCCACCCUCGCUGUCGCCAACUCGGCGCUUGCUCACUUUGGCCUCCUUCCCGCCCCGCCUGUUGACGAGCUCACCGCCGCCUACGCCCUCCUCGCCGCCUCUGUCAUCCUCUACACCCACUUUGCCCACGACGUCAUCUCCGGCUUUACCACGCACCUCGGCAUCAACGUCCUCUCUAUCCCGUACCCGCCCAAGACCAAGUAA